CAUACAAAGGAAGAGUGACGUCAGCAGCGGGGGGGCACUUAGUAGCCUCUCUCUCUCCUCCUGCAGCUGGCUGUUCAUCUCAGGUGAGACUCCACUCUGCAGCUCUCUCACAUCCACAGCUCUCACUUUGACAUCGGGAAGGAUUUUUGAAGUUACCCACCCAUCACUGUCUCUCCAGGAAGACUUGACAUCCGUUCUGUUGCCCUGCUCUUUUCGGGACUAGCACAAUGGGGAGAUUAGAUGCCGUUCGGCAGUUUAAUUUGCUCAGCUGGCUCAGAGAGGAGAGAAGAUCGAGGAAACUGAGCCUCUUCAUCGUGUUCGUCGCUCUGCUGCUGGACAACAUGCUGCUGACAGUAGUCGUUCCCAUAAUCCCCAGUUACCUGUACGGCCUGGAUGAGUCGGCAGAGAUGGCGUUGAAGAACCACACCCUGACACAGCAGGCUCCAGCGGGGGCCUUCCACAGCAUCGUGUCCUUAUAUGACAACACGGUGAGGACCGCGGGCCCCAACACCACAGUCAGCUCUACGGACCCCCCCCCUGCUCCAGAGCUGCCACAGAACUCCUCCGAAUGCCCCCAGUCCAGCGGCAGGCUGCUCAAUGAGAAUGUGAAAGUGGGACUGCUGUUUGCCUCCAAGGCCACCGUGCAGCUGCUGGUCAACCCCUUCAUCGGGCCCCUCACCAACAGAGUAGGAUACCAACUUCCCUUAUUCGCUGGCUUCUGUAUCAUGUUCAUGUCUACAAUCAUGUUUGCCUUCUCGUCGAGCUAUGCUCUGCUGUUUCUGGCCCGAUCACUGCAGGGUGUCGGCUCCUCCUGCUCCUCUGUGGCCGGUAUGGGAAUGCUUGCGAGUGUGUACACAGAUGAUGAGGAGAGAAGUCACGCCAUCGGAAUCGCCCUGGGGGGUCUUGCAAUGGGGGUGCUAAUUGGCCCCCCCUUCGGCAGUGUGAUGUACGAGUUUGUGGGGAAGACCGCUCCUUUCCUCAUUCUGGCCAGCCUGGCUUUGUUUGAUGGAGCUCUGCAGCUCUUUGUUCUACAGCCCUGCAAGGUGGCCCCAGAGAGUCAGAAGGGGACCUCGCUGUUAACACUGAUGAAGGAUCCAUACAUUCUAAUCGCAGCUGGUGCCAUUUGCUUUGGAAAUAUGGCCAUUGCCAUGUUGGAGCCGACCCUGCCGAUCUGGAUGAUGGAGACCAUGUGUUCCAAGAAAUGGCAGCUAGGCGUCGCUUUCUUACCAGCAUCCAUCUCCUACCUUAUUGGAACCUACAUCUUCGGCACCUUGGCGCUCAAGAUGGGGAGAUGGCUUUGUGCUCUCAUUGGAAUAACAGUGGUUGGAAUCAGCGUAAUAUGUGUUUCAUUUGCCAAAAACAUCUAUGGUCUGAUUAUUCCUAACUUUGGAAUUGGGUUUGCUAUCGGCAUGGUGGACUCGUCUAUGAUGCCUAUUAUGGGUUACCUGGUGGACCUGCGGCAUGUGUCUGUCUACGGAAGUGUGUAUGCUAUUGCUGAUGUGGCUUUCUGCAUGGGAUUUGCUUUAGGUCCGUCUAUCGGCGGAGCCAUAUCUGAGAGCAUCGGCUUCCCCUGGAUGAUGACCAUCAUUGGAAUAGUGGAUAUUCUCUAUGCUCCUCUUUGCAUCUUCCUCAGGAAUCCACCGGGACAAGAAGAGAAAAUUGCUAUUUUGAUGGACACCAACUGCUCAAUGAAGACACGGUCCUACUCCACACAGGGGACGUACUACCAGGGCGACAACAUGGAUCCAGAAUAUGAGGAUUAUGAUUAACAGGACACCAGCCAUGCAGGUUAACCCUUCAGAGGAUUUAUUUUGUUGUAAAAAAAAAGUAACAGAAGAAAAAAAAACAGCAAUGAAACAAACAACCAAAAAUAUUUCUGUGUGAAUGUCCUGCGUUCAGUCUGGUCUGUGUCCUCUUAGCAGUUGUACUGGAGCAAACCAAAGUUGUUCUUGAUCUGUGGUUGCAAGCGCAUAGUGUGAGAGAUAUUUUUUUAGCCAAAAGCCUUAUUCAGUAGAGAGAUGUGUCAAAAAGCACGUUUUAGGUAGUAGAAGGGUGCUGAGCAACAAGUACGCUUUGCUGGUUUAUUUUGGAUACAAAUCUGUGUUAAUUUAUGUGUAAGCCAUUAAAAGUCGUGUUUGUAUCUGCUGUACGUCCAUGAUGCUGUCUAGAGUAUUAUAACCAGACCUUUUGCAAGUUCGUAUUAUAUUGGGUAAUUGUGUGGUAUGUCAAGAAACUGUUGUUUGUCUAAAGUCAGGAAUAAUUGUUGGUAUAUGGUCCAUGUUUGCAUUGAUGCAGUUACUACCAACUAUGUAGAGAAGUCAAUAUAGAUUCAUGAUAUCCUCCUUAGAACCGAACCUACAGAACCGUACGUUAUGGCAACGUCAGAGAAAGUAUGCUGCUGUUCACCCUGCUUUUUUAUUUAAUGAAUCAUUAAUACUUUAAAUACCCCAAAAGUUGACUUUAUUUACCUCAGUGGCAGGGAGAAUAGGUCCCACAGGAAAUUAGGAAAAAGUUCUGUCAUUAAUAAGAUGGUGCAGAUAUAAGUCCUUAAACUUGUAAAUAAGUUUGCAAUUGACCACUUCCAGUACCCUGGUCUCUAUAGUCAACGUUUUUUCUUAACGUUGUAUUGGUUAGAUUGAAAUAAGGUCAAGGUACUGUAAAGAGAUUCUUCAUUUGGUUCCACUGAUGAAUGUCUGAAGCUUCCAUGUGUCAUAAAAACAGCAGUUGCUAAAAUGUGACGAAACUUCACCACACUAAAGAUGGCCGCCUUUAGCUUAGCGGUGGUGAACGGGGCCCUGCGGCAGUGAUGGAUUUUGUUUAUAGCCUAACUUUAGCAAUUUAGAGUCAUGCCCUGAUCUAUUAUUUUUUAACAGAAAAACAGUUUUUACUGGAGUGAGAAUGAAACUCAGCACUUGAAACUCGACCUGCAGAGUUUUCACAUUUCCCGCCUUCCUUAUAUAGUUCAGCUGAAGAAAAAUGUACAAUAGCUUAACAUUAAUGGGGAAAAACUGGAACGGUGGAAUUCAUUUUUUGAAUGAAAACAGUACAUCUGUUAGAAAAGACCAAUCUAGAGGAUCAAAGUUGACAUUAUAUAGACCCUCCAGAAAAACGCGGGCAAAAAUCCUUGAUUA